AACCAAGCAGUAUGUCUACCCCAACAAGAUCAUUAUAUAGUACAGAGACAGAAGGACUUGGAAUGGAAACAGUUCACAUAUAACUAUACACAGAAUCCUGUAUUUGGUUAUGAAGAUGUUGCCAUUAAUGACCUGCCCCCUUCAUUCAAACUUAUGCCUCCCACCUACAUGUUGCCCAAGGAGGAACAACUAGCUGGUACCUCAUUAGUUCCACAUGGUAUAUCAUUACUCUCAACAACUUUCCAGAGUUUUGUAAAUAAGUUCAUAUCGAUGAAGAAUAAGAUAACUCAUUUGAGUUCGGUUGAAGAAUAUAAGGACCUUAUUGUGGUACAGAAGAAUCCUACGAUCAUUGAGAACCAGACAGUUGAUCAAUUGAACGAUUUUAAUUGGUUGUCCGAUGAAGAGUUUGGUCGCCAACGUAUCCAAGGCAUCAACGCCGGGCGUCUGGAACAACUGACCAGUGACGAGCUGUACCAACGAUCGAUCCAUACCAAACUAGCCCUUGCCGACAACAAACUACUCUUUGACACCAUUCUCCACGACUCGAUCAACCUAACCUUUGACAAGGCACUCGAGAUGAACCUACUCUACCUCAUCGAUUAUAACAUAUUUGACGACAAGGAUUAUAUACAAGCCGCUGCCUCCUUUGGCCGCUACACAUGCAGUCCCUUGGCACUGUUCUAUGUCGACCCCACCAACAAUAAGCUAUAUCCACUAUGCAUCAAGAUCCUGCAGAACAAGGAAGACUCGCCAGUGUUCACGCCAAAGAGUACUCGCCACGAGUGGAUCCUGGCCAAGCUCUGGUUCCAAUCUGCCGAUGGCCAACACAUGGAGUUCAUCACACAUCUGUUUGAGUGUCACAUGCUUGGUGAGGUGUUUGCCAUUGGCACUCAUCGCCAUCUCUCCGCCACACAUCCAGUCUACCAACUGCUGCAUCCACACUUCAACUUACUCCUCGACAUCAACUGGCGUGCACGUGGACACCUGCUGGGCAAGGACGGACCCAUCGACACACUCCUCGGACCAGGUAGUGUUGGCGCACUUCAGUUCAUUGGCAAGUUCAACAAGACCUACAACUGGUGUGAGAACACCUUCACCGAGAGGCUGAAGAAGAACAACAUAUCGACCGAUCUCAACGAGCACACCACCGUGGCCAACUACUUCUUCCGUGAGGAUGGACUUGCUGUUCACGGCGCACUCACCGAGUUUGUACAUAGUGUCUUGAAGCAGUUCUACACACAUCCCGAGGACGUUGUCCGCGACUUUGAGCUGCACGCCUGGUUGAACGACCUCCAAAGCAACUGGGGCGGACAGAUGAAGAAGCUGACGCCAACCGGCACCAUCGAGUCCCUCGACACCCUGUGCACACUGGUCGUCGACAUCAUCUUUAGACUGACGGUCGAGCAUUCUAUUGGCAAUCAUGGCCAAUGGGACAUGUACGGCUUCACUCCCAAUGUACCAGGCGCACUCUAUAUCAACCCAGAGAAGAUCCUCGCUGGCAACGUCAUCACGCACGAGACCAUCAUCGAUGCCCUGCCACCAAAGUACGAGUCACUCAGUCAGAUAUCGAUUACACAUCUACUUGCCAACACUGAUACUGGACUGCCAACAUUGAUUGAGACACCAUAUGCAUUCGAGAAGGAUCCAUUCCUAUCACGUCACGUUCUACGUCUUCGCGAGCGUCUAGAGAAAGUCAGCGAGCACAUCCAACAGCGUAACAGUGAUGUCAAGAUACCAUACAGCUACAUCGACCCAGCCAAAGUGUGCAGCAGUAUAUUUAUAUAA